AUUUGCAAAGAGAGAAAAGCUCCAGCAAGACUAGGCGUUUCUGUGAAAAUCCCAGUCGGACCCGACCCGGGUUCGGACCCGCUCCGCAUUUCUGCAUCACUCUCACUCACUCCUCCCAGCUCAAAAGUGUGUGUUGGAGAUGGCGAAGGCUUCCAAGGGUAACCAUGAUGAGUUUGAAGACGAUGAUGAGGAGAAUCAUGCAGGGAGAGGAGAAGGGCAAGGGAGGGAGAAGAACCGGUUGAAACAUUCCGAAACGGAGCAGAGAAGGAGGAGCAAGAUUAACGAGAGAUUUCAAAAGUUGAGAGAGAUCAUACCCGAAAAUGAUCAGAAAAGAGAUAAGGCUUCAUUCUUGUUGGAGGUUAUAGAGUAUAUACAGUUUUUGCAUGAGAAGAUAAACUUGUAUGAGGGUUCAUACCAAAAAUGGAGUCCAGAGCCAACAAAAUUGACCCCAUGGAAAAGUCAUCAUAAUAGGCUUGGAGAAAAUUUUGCAGAUCACUCUCAAGGCAUGAACAAUGGUUCUGGUCAGGAGAAUAAUGUUGUUGUCUCCCCCGCGAUGCUCACCAAUGCACAAAACUCAGUGGAAUCUGACUUGGACUCUGCUGCUGUAUACAAAGCACUAGAUCACAUUCGUGGGCUAGCUACUCCAUCCAUUCCUAAUAUGAACCAGCAAAACAUCUUUGACACUAUUGAGAGUUUUGGAGCUCCCACACAACCGUUGCAAGAAUCUAAUUCUGAUGCUGAGAACACGGCUUCUCAAUCCCAAUACCAAUUGUGGCCGGGUAUUACGUCAACAAUGGUUACAGACAGUAAACUUAAUAGGCAGGAUGAAAGUAAAACGGUUAGCAUCUCAAGUGCCUACUCUCAAGGGGUUUUGAAUAAUCUGACCCUGUCACUGCGAUCCUCUGGUGUGGACUUGUCCCAGGCCAGCAUCAACGUUGAACUUGAUGUUGGAAAUCGAGCAGGCGGUGGCCUGAAAUCAAUGGCAUCUAGUUCACAGGCUCAUCUCAGACAAUGCUUGAACAACCAAAUGAUGACGCAUUCUCAAGUUAGCAGCUAUAACGAGAACUUUGAACAAGCUCAUAAGCGAUUUAGAACAGGAGAAAGCUAGUGUACCAAGUCUCCAGUUUUUCUUAGUUUUCUUUGCUUUUUGGUGGGUUGGACCUCUUGGGCGGGUCAUUUUUGUAAGGUCAUGACCCGCAGACAACUAGGUCCGGGUCAAUUGUACAUGUUUGUGCGCCUUGUGCAGGGGUUUUCCUAGAUAGAUGCCUAAGAUAUUCAUUUGUUUAUGUUGCGUUUUUCUUAUUACAAUGUCAUGUUACCAUCAUUUGGAUUUUGGAAUCUAUACAUA